GUUUAGGAGCGAUCAUUGGCCGAAGCGAGACACAAACCUCCAAUGCAGCCCUGGUUGGCUCCCGUCUCCAAUCGGCUGUUUGGUUGGACAGAAAAUGGCUGCGAAGGAACCAGUCCCAGCGCGGAGCUCCGCUUCCAGGACUCGGCCUCCCCUCCCUCCGCUGCGGGCCGCUUCCCUCGGCGCGACACCCUCCCUCCGCGCCUCCCGCGUGCCCGCCGCCGCGGCCACGCCCCGGCCCCGCCCCGGCCCCGCCCCCGGCCGCGGCCCCGCCCCUCCCCGCCUCCGCCCGGUGUGCGGCGCUGCCGCGGCAGCUAGAACCUGCAGAGUCCGAUACUGGCUGCGGGCCGCGGCGGGCGGCUCCUGCGGAGGCUGCGGGGGGCGGGGGGCGGCGGGCGGCGGGCGGCCUCUGUGCUCGGCGGGGGCUUCCCAGGGCCGGGACUCGGGCACGCUCUGGAGGUCUCUGCGGGUUUUCUUCCCACGGUGUUUUCCCGGGCUUCUGCGAUGCGUGAUUUCUCAGGCUUCCCUCCCUUUGCUGCCCCCUCCCUCCCCCCCCGUGAAAGCGUCUCACCCGCCGGACGAUUUUUUAGAAGGGGAAACCAAGGGCAGAAACCGCCCGCCAGGGCGACACUCGAGCUCCCGGGUGGAUUUGAAUGACGGCUCCCUCCUGGAAUGCCUUCAGCACCUCGUGUUUUCCUUGUGUGCCUGUAAACGUUGCCAAACGCACAACGGCUCCCUCUCGGUCACGGAGCUCGGAUGUUCGUUGUUCAGAUUUCAUCUAAAGAUACAGCCCUCUCCUUCAGGUUUAACAGCCAGGCACCCCCGCUGGCUUUUCCUGACUGCAGUGUGGGUCAGUCUUCCCCGGGCUGCGACCAUCACAGAUGGGCUGUGAGCCAGACACCGCCGCGCGCUGCAAAGGGCGGCAGGAUUUCUGCAACGGGAGCCGGCAGUCGCGUUCCCUUUACUUCCACUAAACAAGUGGCCCGGUGCCACAUUAAACUUUCCAGCUUUAAUCAUUUAAAAAUAUAUAGCCAUGUUUUAUUUAUAGAGCUCCUACUGUUUCUCCGCAUAUUUUAACAUUUCAAGAGCAAAUAAGGAAGCAAUGACAAGUGAAAGCCUCCGAGUUAUUCCAAGAGGAGUUAAGUAGCAAUGCCACUGUGCAAUCAGACACCCUGACUUGAAUUCCAGCUCCCCUCGUACUGUUUUACGACCCUGGCCGCAUUUCUUUGCCCCUCCCUUGUAGUUUCCU